AUGCGUGUCACUUACGCUCUCUCUACGUUCGUUACGAUACUGGGCUUGACCCACGCCGCCCCGGCCGACAAGGAGGCACGCUUCCAUGCUGAACACAAACGCCAGCUCGGCACCAGCGCAGGAAGUCUCGGAAUUGAUGCAACUUUCGACUAUGUUAUCGUCGGCGGUGGCACUGCUGGUCUCGUGGUGGCCAACAGACUGAGCGCCAACCCCAAUGUUACCGUGGCUGUGAUUGAGGCCGGCACGUUCUACGAGAUCUCCAACCUCCUCAUCGGCCAAACCCCGGCUGGAGAUACACUUUUCGCCGGAUCUAGCCCUCUUGAUACGAACCCUCUCGUGGACUGGAACUUUGUCACACAGCCGCAAAGCGGUGCCAACAACCGCUCAAUCCACUACGCUCGCGGCAAGUGUCUUGGUGGAAGUUCCGCUCGCAACUUCAUGAUCUAUCAGCGCGGUACCAAGCAGUCCUACCAGAAGUGGGCCGAUGCCAUUGGUGAUGACAGCUAUACCUGGGACUCUCUUCUUCCUUAUUUUAAGAAGAGCGUCAAGUUCACCCCGCCCGGUUCUUCCCGCUUCCCCAAUGCCAGCGCAGAGUACAACAUUGACGCUUUUGAUGCUGCGGGAGGUCCUCUUGACGUCUCAUAUGCCAAUUAUGCCCAACCUUUCAGCACCUAUCUCGAGCCCUCCCUCAACGAGAUUGGUAUUCCCCAGGCCCAGGACUUCAACAGCGGAGAGCUCAUGGGUGCUCAGUACUGCUCCGACACCAUUCAGCCUAGCAACCAGCAGCGCGAGUCCAGUCAGACCUCUUUCCUCAACGCAGCCAUUGGCCGCAAGAACCUCAAGGUUUACCAGCUGUCCCUGGCCAAGAAGAUCCUGUUCGACAGCAACAAGAAAGCGACGGGUGUCGUUCUCACCUCAAAUGCCGGCAUCACUACCUACACCCUCAAGGCUAACAAGGAAGUCAUCUUGUCAGCCGGUGCCUUCCAAAGCCCUCAGCUUCUCAUGGUCUCGGGUGUCGGCCCCAAGGACCAGCUCAACAAGUUCAAGAUCCCCAUCGUCGCUGAGCGCCCUGGUGUCGGCCAAAACAUGGAGGACCACGUCUUUUUCGGUCCCACGUGGUGCGUCAAGGUCCAGACUCUGACCCGUGUGGCUAACGAUCUCAUUUACACCGCUGCCCAGUUUGCCUUCGACUACACGAUUCGCAAGAUGGGCCCCCUGACCAACCCCGUCUGUGACUUCCUCGGCUGGGAGAAGACGCCCCGCGAUCUCAUCUCCGCCGACGCCGCCGCGGUCCUCGACAGCAACUUUCCCGCAGACUGGCCCGAGAUCGAGUACCUCACCGCCCCCGGCUACGUCGGCGACUUUGCCAACCUUCUCCUGACUCAGCCCAAGGACGGCUACCAGUACGCCACCAUUCUCGGAGGUCUCGUCGCUCCUAUGUCCAGAGGCACCGUCACCCUCGCCUCUGCCGACACCAAGGACCUGCCUCUCAUCGAUCCCAAGUGGCUCACCGACCCCACCGAUAUUGCCGUCGCACUUGCAACCUUCAAGCGUCUUCGUCAGGCUUUUGCCAGUAACGCCAUGAAGCCCGUCUUGGCCGAUAACAAGGAGUACUUCCCCGGUCCCCAAGUCGAGUCUGACGCCCAGAUUCUCCAGAAUAUUCGCAAUACCGUCAUGACUAUCUGGCACGCUAGCUGUACUUGCCGCAUGGGCAAGUCUGACGAUCCCUUGGCUGUUGUUGACAAGGAUGCCAAGGUCAUUGGCGUCAAGGGUCUCAGAGUUGUGGAUGCUAGCAGCUUUGCGCUCCUGCCUCCUGGUCACCCCCAGAGCACCGUGUAUGUCUUGGCUGAGAAGAUUUCUGCACAGAUCCUGGCCGGCAACUAA